AUUCCCAGGAACUGCGCAAGUGUGUUUGCAAAAAUAAGCUGACUAUACGCUGGACGAUUCGUAUUGGAAUCAGGAGAGUCCCGUCGGGGAAGUGGAAAGGCUCCUGCGGGAUUAUCGACAGAACCAAGAGCUGGUGCGGAACAUCGGAGCCAAUUAUUAUCAGAUCAUCUACCCGGUACAAAUCAGACAUCAUGACAAAAUGGGCAUCUCUACCCGAGAGGUAGGGUCACAGAAGUUUCCCAGCUCGGGGUUGCAUGGAUCUAAUGAAGGAUACUCUUCCGGUGGAUCUUUUCGACCGAAAUCUCGGAUGGGGAAACAUUUUCACAGAACUUCCAUAUUGAUAAAAGCGUUCAACCAUAAAUUUCGCCUCGACCUGGAGCUCAACACACAAUUACUAGCACCGAAUUUAGCACAGAAACAUUUUUUACCUCAUGGAGCUGAACAGGUUUCCAAACAAGAAAUUGAACAUUGUUACUACCACGGGACUGUUAAAGAUAUUCCUGGUGCCACAGCUGCGUUUCAUACAUGUAAUGGAGUAGCUGGAGUUAUACACAUUGGCAACGAAACGUUUAUUAUUCAUCCAUUUUACGGUGGAGACUUGUCGAAACAUCCUCAUGUGAUAUUUGAGGCACGGGACAAGGCUAAACGUGGAUGUGCCAACGAAUUGCGGUCGGAUAGAAAAAACAAAUACACCAACGGUUUUACCGGUGGACGGUUCCGGAAAAAGCGACGACUAAAACGAGACGUCAGAGAAGUGACCAAAUACAUAGAGACCGCUCUCGUGUUGGACAAGGCUAUGUUCGAAAUGAGAAAUGGCAGCUCCAGGUCUGAAGUAAUCACCGAUGCCAUUCAAAUCGCAAACAUAGCUGAUUUAUAUUUCCGAACGAUAAACACCCGAGUGUCGGUAGUUUAUAUUGAAACGUGGCAAGGUGCCAACCAGGCACUAAUUGAUAAAAACAAAGAAAUUAGCACUGCAUUGCUCAACUUUAACGAAUACUCGUCACAUGCACUAUUCAACAUCGGCAAAGACACUGCUCAACUACUAACUGGAGAAUAUUUUGUGGGUGGCGAGACGGGGAUGGCUAUCCAUGGGACCGUGUGCACCGCAAAGUCCGUGGGCAUCAGUGUGGAUGUGAACGCCUACGAACCGCACAUCAUAGCUGGUUCGAUGGCACACAUGAUCGGGCAUAACGUGGGAAUGGGCCACGAUGACAAAAGAGAAGAAUGUUACUGUCGUGAUUGGCAUGGUUGUAUCAUGCAACAAUCGAUCGUGGGCAUGGAGAAUAUUCAGCCAUACAAAUUUAGCGAUUGCAGCCUCAACGAUUACAUAGACGAAUUUCGGGAAACUCGAAAUAUGUGCUUGCUCAAUAAACCGAAUGAGGUCACAAAUUCACAACAAAAAUGUGGUAACAACAUAGUGGAAGACAAUGAAGAAUGCGAUUGUGGCGGGUUCGACAAUUGCCAAAAAAAUGAUCCAUGUUGUGAUCCGAUCACGUGCAAAUUGAUAAAAGAAGCCGAAUGCUCGGCAUCCGGAACUUGUUGUAAUAAUUGCAAGUUUUUGGCGGUGGGUACACUGUGCAGAGCGGCCAACAACGAGUGUGACUUACCCGAACACUGCACUGGCGACAGUGGUCAAUGUCCCGCAGAUAUGUACAAGAAGAAUGCCAGCCCGUGUGGUACGGAAAACGGCUUCUGUUACAUGGGCGAAUGUCCCACGCUCAACGACCAAUGUGAACAGAUUUGGGGUUAUGGCGGGGUGUCAUCAGACAGACAGUGCUACGACGAAUUCAACACUAAGGGAUCGAUGAGUGGACAUUGCGGUAUGGUCGAAGAGGCUGGUACUACCACGUAUUUAAAAUGCGAUCAAAAAAACGUGUAUUGCGGAUCACUGCAAUGUCAAAAAGGUACUAAAUAUCCUCAAAACGCAUCAGCGUCGAGGCACACCAAAACAGUAAUCUCCAUAGAUUCCAAGGAUUAUGAGUGCAAGUCAACGAGUGGUUCCAAAAUGUUUAGUUUAGUUCAGGACGGAACUCCGUGCGGUGAUAAUCUAAUUUGUAUCAAUCAAACAUGCACGAGUAUGAAACCGUACAUCGAUACUCACAAUAAAUGUCCCAGUAAUCAUAAUGAUUUAGAGUGCUCUGCACACGGGAUUUGCUCAAAUUUAAACCAGUGUUUCUGUGAUAAUGGCUGGACAGGAAAUGACUGUUCUAUCCAGUUAGAAAUUUCGCCUACUUCCCCUAACUCCGCGGACGUGACACUGUCGCCGGAAGAUGUAAAAAAAGCUAAAAGCGAUCUGGAAAGCAAAAUGAUCAUGAAAGAAACUCCAUAUGUAAACGCUCACAGCACCAACACCGGUGUCUUGGUCAUGAUACUCAUGACUGCUGUUGGAGUGGUGUUUCUGAUUUUCACAUGCUCUGCUUUGUGUUAUCGCCACGUGGUUGUGUACAAAAAGAACCCCUGUUUUUGCUUCAGGAGGAGUAGUGAAAAACAAGCAGCGGACAAACAAAAGCAAUCGAUCAAUACAACUCCUGUAUCGAAACCGUCCAGAUUUGACGCCCCUUCCGAAGAAUCGGCCGAAGAAAUGGCAAUGGUCAAUAUAAACAGAAUUAAUAAAUACGGAAACCAAUCACCAUACAAUCGCUCAGAAACAGGAUCCCAUAAAAUGCUCUUUCAUUCGACAAAUCAUAUGUCACCAAGCACUUCUGGUAUUUCCAUGGAGCAUAAGUCACAAAACUUGUCUAGAUUAGGCCUGUGUCCUAACGACGAAGACGAUAUGAACGUCCAAGAAAAUCUCCACAUGAGUGGACGUGGAAGCAGUUGUGGUCUAGCUCCGGGAUCUGUAAGUAUAUCUGACAUGGAACGGAAAAUCAAAUCACUUGAUGGCUACCACGGAGACUUGUUGGAAAAACUUCGUACCGCCGCCCAUAGAUCAUCGUCUGGUGCCAGGUCGAGUAGUGAAGACCUAUUAUGGCGUACCUUGACUGAAACUGCCGAAUCGGCUUAUAAUCGCAUUACAGCCAGUCAAGAAAGACUGUGCGAAGACAGACAUGGACUACCUCAAAGUCAUACUGUUUUGUCUGAAAGUGGUGCCCCAACAUGCCAUCGACAUCCAUAUCGGAGGCCUAGCAGGCGAACAGAUAUUGCCCCAGAAGAUGAAGAAGAGACCGCUAAAGAAGUUUCCUCCACAAUCCGUAUACGGAAUCUUGAAGACCUUUUCAAACAGAUCCAAGAACACACCGUAAGACAUAGUCCAUCUGGUUCGGAAGAGAACAGAAUGUCCGAAACAGAAGUCGACAGACACUAUAGACAUGACGCGCAUCCCGGAUGCGAAGAACCGAGAUUCGUGAGGGGUUGGUACCGUCCGGCGAGUAGGGCGACCAGCGGCUCGGCGUCGCCGUACCAACAGGCGGCCGCCCGGGCGUCGUCGGCCACCGUCCACUCGACAACAGGUGAGGAAAGCAUCUAUGAAUCGGCAGACCRCCCGCCCUCCUGUCGGAACGCGUGUAAUACCCCCGACAGCGAAAGCUCGUCGACCAAUAGCGCGGUCGGCUAGCAUGGACAUGCCGGCGGUCGCGGCCAUCGCCGACAGUGGCGUCCGACAGCCG